UACUCGGGAGGCUGGGGCAGGAGAAUCGCUUGAACCCAGGAGCCACAUCGUGCCAUUGCACUCCAGCCUGAGCAACAAAGUGAGACUUCGUCUAAAACAAAAUUAGGGAUGCUGAGCGCAGAUAGCGUGCAGCUUGCCAGCGGUGUGCUCUGAGAAGUCUGUGAGGGUUGGGCUUGCGAGAGGAUCAACAUGCCUUUGGCUAGAGAUUUACUACAUCCGUCCUUGGAAGAGGAAAAGAAAAAACAUAAAAAGAAACGCCUGGUACAAAGUCCAAAUUCUUACUUUAUGGAUGUAAAAUGUCCAGGUUGCUACAAGAUCACCACGGUUUUCAGCCAUGCUCAGACAGUGGUUCUUUGUGUAGGUUGUUCAACAGUGUUGUGCCAGCCCACAGGAGGAAAGGCCAGACUCACAGAAGGGUGUUCAUUUAGAAGAAAGCAACACUAAUGAUUCAAACAGCUUCCUGAAUUUUGUGUUAUCUCACAGAAAGCCUUAUCAUACAUUCCAUAAUUCUAAUUAAUUUACCAAGAUAAUGUAAUUACAUUUGGUUUUGUAAGGUAUACAACAGGAAUCUCCUAUUUUGGUGUCCGUUUUUCAAUAAAGUUUUGAUUAUG